UGCAAGCCGCCGUAACAACAAUAACUCAACCUUUUACUCUAUAUCUGAUCAAAUCCUGAACAAACAAAACGUCAGAUUCGUUGGCUAUGGAUAUGGCUACAGAGAGAGAGAGGGCCACAGAGAAAAAAAAAAAAAAAGACCCUGUUUUUAAUUUGUUUGUAAGAGAACAAAGUUGAAUUCUUUUACCGCGUGGCUGAGCUGAGAGACGUCCACGCGGUCGUGGGAAAGCGUUAGAUUCCCUGGUUCUACAGGCGUCAUAGAAUUUGUUAUUAAUCAAUAGAAACGAGUACUGGUACUAGAAGAACCUCUCUCUCUUUCUAUCUAUCUAUCUAUCUCUCUCCACUGAAACCACAUUUAUAAUUUAUAGAAGACAGCACAGGCAGAGAGAGAGAGAGAGAGAGAGUUCUCUACUGACCUGUUCCUAAUAUUCAUGUGCUUCUGUUUUGCUUCGAGGUCCCUAUAUUCUCUCUGCCGGCGAUCUCACUUCUCUGACAGUCUCGGCCGUGUAGCACACUCUUCCGGCAAGUUGGUUCCUUUCUCUAGUUUAAUUGUUUUCAUUUCUGCUGGAAAGUUGUGAUCUUGGUGUUGGUUUUUAUGUAAAGUUGGGAUCUUUGGUUGUGAUGGGAUUGAUGGCUUUGUGGGUAUGGUGUUACCUAUGUAUGGGAUAAGCUUUAAUGGAUUUAUGGGGUGGAUGUUACCAGAAGAUUUGUGGGGUUGUAUUGGUGGGGGGAUUUGAUUGAGUUUAUUUGGUGGAAUCUGUGGUUUCAGUGAGCUGGGGUUGGUUGUUGUUCAAUUGGGUAUUUUUUGUUUGGUGGAGUUUGACUAUAGGCAUUGAAGAGUUUGUGGGUUUUGAGGGGAGUUGUGAUUAAUGGAGGCUUUUGGAGGCAAGCCUCGGAAUAUGUAUGGUCCGGUGGUGCCGGAUUUGAAGGCGGUUGGGAAGAAGAGUUUGGAGUGGGAUUUGAAUGAUUGGAAAUGGGACGGCCAUGUUUUUACUGCCACUCCUUUGAAUUCUGUGCCCUCUGAUUGUAGGAGUAGGCAGUUGUUUCCGACUGGGCCGGAAACUCCAUCCAAUGCUGGUUGGUCCAACAGUAGUUCUUCUGGUUCGGAUGAUAUUAGUCCGGGGAAUGAGAAAGGUAAAAGAGAAUUGGAGAAAAGGAGAAGGGCUGCUGUUGUAGAAAAUGAAGAAAUAAAUGAUGAAGCUGGGUCUCUUAAUCUCAAGCUUGGUGGGCAGGUUUACCCAAUUUUGGAAGAAGAUGGAAAGACCGGGAAGAAGACGAAGAUUGUUGGGACUACUUCCAACCGCGCGGUUUGUCAGGUGGAGGACUGCAAGGCUGAUCUUAGCCAUGCCAAGGAUUACCACCGACGGCAUAAGGUCUGUGAUAUGCAUUCCAAGGCAACCACAGCUAUGGUGGGUAAUAAUUUGCAGCGGUUUUGUCAACAGUGUAGCAGGUUUCAUGUUCUUCAAGAGUUUGAUGAAGGGAAGAGAAGUUGUCGUAGACGUUUGGCUGGCCAUAAUAGGAGGAGAAGAAAAACACAUCCUGACACUGUUGUUAAUGGAGGCUCCAUGAAUGAUGAAAGAGGAAGCAGUUAUAUAUUGAUUACUUUGCUAAGAAUACUCUCCAAUAUGCACUCUAAUAGUUCUGAUCAAACAAAGGAUCAGGAUCUGCUUUCUCAUCUGUUGAAGAACAUAGCCAAUAAUAUUGGCACUGUUGAUGGAAGGAACAUAUCUGCAUUGCUGCAGGGAUCUCAAGGUUUACUUAAUGGUGGGUCUUCCGUUCAGACUGCACAGAAGGUGCCAGAUAUUGGUUUCAAUGGCAAGGAACCCAGUAGGCCUUCUGUUUCAACCUCUAAGAUGGACGAUUGUGUUAAUCUUAAUGGUCAUUUAAGGCCUACAGGACAGUGUCCGACAGGACCUGCAUCAGAUAAGUUACUGAACAGAAUAUCUUCAGUUGGUGGUGAUCUUGGAAGUCAAGCUCUUUCUGGUGUGCAGGCUACCAAGUCACUUUCCUCAAGAGACAGUCUUCCGUCCAAAUCAGUUGCACCGGAAUAUGGGAGGAUCCAGUUAAAUGAGAUCGAUUUAAAUAAUACAUAUGACGAUUCACAGGAGUGUUUAGAGAACCUAGGGAAUUCUCAUGUUCCUGUAAAUCCAGGGACCGAGUCUCAUGGAGGUCCCUUUUGGAUACAGCGUGAUUCUCAAAAGUCAAGCCCACCUCAGACAAGUGGGAAUUCAGACUCAGCUGCUACUCGGUCACCAUCAAGUUCUAGUGGAGAAGCUCAGAGUCGCACGGAUCGGAUUGUCUUCAAACUAUUUGGAAAAGACCCGAGUGAUCUUCCAUUUGGUCUGCGAUCACAGGUCCUCGGCUGGUUAUCCAGCACUCCUACAGACAUUGAAAGCUACAUAAGGCCAGGCUGUAUAAUUUUGACAAUUUACCUCCGUCUAGAAAAAUCCACAUGGGAGGAGCUUUGCUGUCAUCUGGGAUCCAGUUUGGCAAAACUUCUAGAUGCUUCCAAUGAUCCUUUUUGGAGAACAGGAUGGGUGUAUACGAGGGUGCAACAUUUUGUAGCAUUUGUGUACAAUGGUCAGGUUGUCUUAGACACACCCUUACCUCUUAGAAGCCACAAAACAUGCAGGAUCUCAUGCAUCAAACCAAUUGCUGUCUCUUUAUCUGAGAGAGCUGAAUUUGUAGUGAAAGGUUUUAAUCUUUCUAGUUCCACUACAAGGUUACUCUGUGCUCUAGAAGGGAAGUAUUUGGCCCAAGAAACUUGUCAUGAUUUGAUGGAAGCUACUGAUACAACUAGUGAGCAUGGUGAGCUACAGUGCCUCAGAUUCUCUUGCUCUAUCCCAGAUGCUACUGGCCGAGGAUUCAUUGAGGUUGAAGAUCACGGUCUCAGUAGCAGCUUCUUUCCAUUCAUAGUUGCAGAGCAGGAAGUAUGUUCAGAGAUUUGCAUGCUGGAGGAUGCUAUUGAGGCUGCCAAUGACAUGCAGAGAGAUCCUGAAAUAAUGGAAGCCAAGAACCAAGCCAUGGACUUCAUACAUGAAUUGGGUUGGCUCCUUCAUAAAAGUCAAGUCAAGUUAAGACUUGGUCUCACAGAUCCCAAACUAGAUCUGUUUCCUUUUCAACGGUUUAGAUUACUUAUGGAGUUCUCCAUGGAGCAUGAUUGGUGUGCUGUAGUGAAUAAACUCUUAGGCAUUCUGUAUGAAGGUACUGUUGACGCUGGAGAGCAUCUUUCCAUUGAGCUUGCAUUAUUGGAUAUGGGCCUCCUCCACAGAGCUGUGCAAAGAAAUUGCAAGCCUAUGGUGGAAUUCUUGUUAAGAUUUGUCCCAGAUAAAGGUUUAGAUAAAGCAGAGUUGGAGGAGAAGCAACAAGUUGACAGGAACAGCAACAGGUUCUUAUUUAGACCUGAUGUUGUCGGUCCCAUGGGGUUGACUCCUCUUCAUGUUGCAGCUAGUACAGAUGGCUGUGAGUAUGUUUUGGAUGCCUUAACUAAUGAUCCUGGAAAGGUGGGAAUUAAAGCUUGGAAAAAUGCCCGAGACAGUUUAGGAUUGACACCAUAUGAUUAUGCAUGCCUGCGAGGCCGUUACACAUAUAUCCAUAUCGUCCAGAGGAAAAUCAGCAAAACAGAAAGCGGUCAUGUGGUGCUUGAUAUCCCUGGCACGAUUUUAGACAAGAACACCAAGCAGAAACAAAUAGACGGGCAUAAAUCAUCAAAAGUAGCCAGCUUCAACACUGAAAAGAUUGCAAUGACAGCAAUGCACGGAGACUGCAAGUUAUGUAACCAGAAACUAGCAUAUGGCAGCACAAGGUCACUGGUGUACAGACCGGCAAUGCUGUCAAUGGUGGCCGUUGCUGCUGUCUGUGUUUGUGUGGCCUUGCUAUUUAAGAGCUCACCCGAAAGUUUUGGAGCCAAGAAUCGUGGGUUUUAUGGUCCGGUGGCGACGGAUUUGAGGGGAGUUGGGAAGAGGAGUUUGGAGUGGGAUUUGAAUGAUUGGAAGUGGGAUGGUGAUCUUUUUGCUGCUAGUCCUUUGAAUUCUGUGCUGUCUGAUUGUAGGAGUAGGCAGUUGUUCCCGGCUGGGCCGGGAACUCCUUCCAAUGCUGGCUUCUCUAACAGUUGUUCUUCGGGUUCCGAUGAUAUCAGUCCCGGGAAUGAGAAAGGGAAGAGAGAAGUGGAGAAAAGGAGACGGGGUGUUGUUAUGGAAAAUGAAGAGUUGCAUGAUGAAGCUAGGUCUCUUAAUCUUAACCUUGGAGGGCAAGCUUACCCGAUUGUUGAAGGAGAGGUAAAUACUGGGAAGAAGACAAAGAUAGUUGGGAAUGGGACUACUUCAAAUCGCGCUGUUUGUCAGGUGGAGGACUGUAGGGCUGAUCUUAGCAAUGCCAAGGAUUAUCACAGACGGCAUAAGGUCUGUGUUAUGCAUUCUAAGGCGAGUGAAGCACUGGUGGGAAAUGCUAUGCAGCGGUUCUGUCAACAGUGUAGCAGGUUUCAUGUUCUUAAAGAGUUUGAUGAAGGGAAGAGAAGUUGUCGUAGGCGUUUGGCUGGCCAUAAUAAGAGGAGAAGAAAAACACUUCCUGACACUGCUGUUAAUGCAGGCUCCUUGAACGAUGAAAUUGGAAGCAAUUAUCUAUUAAUUAGUUUGCUGAGAAUACUCUCCAAUAUGCACUCUAAUAGUUCUGAUCAAACGAAGGAUCAGGAUCUGCUAUCUCACCUGUUGAAGAGCCUAGCCAAUCUUGCUGGUACAGUUGAUGGGAGAAACAUAUCUGCAUUACUUCAGGCAUCUCAAGGUUUACCUAACACUGGGUCUUCCAUCAAGACUGCACAACAGGUUCCAGAUACGGUUUCCAACAUCUUUGAACCCAGUAGGCCUUCUGUUUCUGCCUCAAGUAUGGAUGAUUGUGUUAUUAUUGAGGAACCUUUAAGGCCCAUAGGACAGUGCCCGAUAUUGCCUGCAUCAGAUAUGCAAAAGAGAAGAUCUUCAGUUGAUGGUGAUCUUGGAAGUCAAAUUACUUCAGGUCUACAGGCCAACAAGCCACUUCCUUCAAGAGAAAGUGCUCCAACCAAUUCAGUUACACCGAUCCAGUUACUUGAGAUUGAUUUAAAUAGUCCAUAUGAUGAUUCACAGGACUAUUUAGAGAACCUAGGGACUUGUCAUGUCACUAUAAAUCCAGGGAUACAACAAGAUUCUCACAAGUCAAGCCCACCUCAGACCAGUGGGAAUUCAGACUCAACUUUUACUCAGUCACCAUCAAGUUCUAGUGGAGAAUCUCAGAAUCGCACAGACCGCAUUGUUUUUAAACUCUUUGGAAAAGACCCGAAUGAACUUCCAUUUGUUCUGCGAUCACAGAUUAUCGACUGGUUAUCCCAUAGUCCUACAGAGAUUGAAAGCUAUAUAAGGCCAGGAUGCAUCAUUUUGACAAUUUACCUCCGUCUAGAAAAAUCCACGUGGGAGGAGCUCUGCUGUCAUCUGGGAUCCAGUUUGCAAAGACUUUUAGAUGCCGCCAAUGAUCCUUUCUGGAGAACAGGAUGGGUGUAUACUAGGAUGCAACAUUUUGUUGCGUUUAUGUACAAUGGUCAAGUUGUCUUAGACACAACCUUACCUCUUAAAAGCCAAAAAAGUUGCAGGAUAUCAAGCAUCAAACCAAUUGCAGUCUCUUUAUCUGAGAGAGCCCAGUUUGUUGUAAAAGGCUUUAACCUUCCUCAUUCCACCACGAGGUUACUAUGUGCUCUAGAAGGGAAGUAUCUGGCGCAAGAAGCUUGUGAUGACGUGAUGGAUGGUGCUGAUACAACUGUUGAGCAUGAUGAGCUACAGUGCAUCAGAUUCUCCUGCUCUAUACCAAAUGUUACUGGGCGAGGAUUCAUUGAGGUUGAAGAUCUUGGUCUCAGUAGCAGCUUCUUUCCAUUUAUAGUUGCAGAGCAGGAAGUGUGUUCAGAGAUUUGUAUGUUGGAGGAUGUGAUUGAGGCAGCUGAGACUGUUGAUGACAUCCAGGCAGAUCCUGAAAUAUUAGAAGCCAAGAACCAGGCUAUGGACUUUAUACAUGAAUUGGGUUGGCUUCUUCAUAGAAGUCAUGUUAAGUUUAGACUUGGUCACCUGGAUCCCAACCUAGAUCUAUUUCCUUUUAGACGGUUCAAAUUACUUAUGGAGUUUUCUGUGGAUCAUGACUGGUGUGCUGUAGUGAAGAAACUCUUGAAGCUUCUGUUUGACAGUACUGUUGACACCGGAGAACAUCCUUCCGUUCCGCUUGCAUUAUUGGAUAUGGCCCUCCUCCACAGAGCUGUUCGAAGAAAUUGCAGACCUAUGGUAGAACUGUUGUUAAGAUUUGUUCCAGAUAAAGGUUUAGAAUCUGAACAGAAGAAAUACGUUGAAGGGGAAGACAACAGUUUCUUAUUUAAACCUGAUGGUGUUGGUCCCCUGGGGUUGACUCCUCUUCAUGUUGCAGCUAGUAUUGAUGGUUGUGAGCACGUAUUGGAUGCUUUAACUGAUGAUCCUGGAAAGGUGGGAAUUGAAGCUUGGAAAAAUGCUCGAGACAGUACAGGAAUGACACCAUAUGAUUAUGCAUCCAUGCAAGGCCGCUACUCCUAUAUCAAUCUUGUUCAGAGGAAAAUCAGCAAGAAACUUGAGAGCGGGCAUGUGGUUCUUGAUAUCCCCGGCACUCUGUUAGAGAGCAAUAGCAAGCAGAAGCAAUCAGAUGGGCAUAGAUCAUCAAAAGUAGCUAGCCUUGACACCGAAAAGUUUGAAAUAAAUGCAUUAAUACGAAGUGAUUGCAAGUUAUGUAGCCAGAAACUAGCUUAUGGCAGCACAAGGUCACUGGUGUACAGGCCGGCAAUGUUGUCGAUGGUGGCCAUUGCUGCCGUCUGUGUCUGUGUGGCCUUGUUCUUUAAGAGCACACCUGAAGUUGUUUUCAUCUUCCACCCCUUCCGGUGGGAGCAUUUGAAGUUUGGCUCAAGCUAAGCUAGUUUGUGUGCUACUAAUUCCUAGGGUUUCUGUUGUUUGUAUGUAAUGUAUAUCUGAGCUUCCAAAAUAACAUGGACUUUUGGGGAUUGCUCACCAGGUUGUGUCCUUCUUGGUAAGACCAUAUUGCUUCCCUUUGCCCCUAUCAUUGUAAUUUGUACGAGUAAUUGUAAACACCAUCAUAAAGUGGAUAACACCAAUAUUUGUUUGUUAUAUUUUCCUAGUCAAAAUAAAGCAAUGGCUCCAGUUGGUUUGGUUAA